GCCGCCGUCGUCGUCGCUUCCCUGUUGGCAGGACUGCUGGCAGGCCUUGCGGCGCCCGGCGCUUCCGCUAUUCGGGCGAACAGAGCGGCAAGGAUCAAGGGAUGCGGCGGCUUCCGCCCUGAGCUCGGCCGCAGCCCCAGGCCUGGAAUUGAAGCGGUCCUUCGCAGGAGCCCUGCCUCAAGAAGGGAGGAGGAAUUGCUUCCCCUGGUUCUCAGAAGCUUCUUCAAAAUGGUGCUGCAGGGUUAGGUUGUUUCCCCCCCCCCCCUCCCCCGUAGGCGUUGAGCCAGCGAGACUUGAGAUGAAAAUCUUCCUGCAACAGAAGACUUGGGUUUGGUGGGCCUGAUCAGAAUAAUGUUCAACAUAAACCCUCUGGAGAACCUCAGGGUUUACAUCAGCAGCCGCCCACCUCUUGUGGUUUUUAUGAUCAGUGUCAGCGCAAUGGCCAUCGCCUUUCUGACUCUGGGUUAUUUCUUUAAGAUCAAAGAGAUCAAGUCCCCUGAAAUGGCAGAGGACUGGAACACUUUCCUUCUGCGAUUUAAUGAUUUGGAUUUCUGUAUUUCGGAGAAUGAAACAUUAAAGCACCUCAUAAAUGACACCACAACUCCAGAGAAUGCCAUGACCAGCAGCCAAGCUCGUCCUUCCACUCCAUCACCACAAACCCUUGAAGAUUCUGGUCCUGUCAAUACUUCCGUUGCCAUCACUUUGACACUGGACCCCCUCAGACCCUUUGGUGGCAUUUCCCGGAAUGUCACAGGUUUAUCUUCUACCAUUUUUGGUCACCAAAUUGGACUUUCAGGCAGAGAAGCUCAUGAGGAAAUCAACAUCACGUUCACUCUACCUACUGCCUGGAACUCAGAUGACUGCGUUCUGCAUGGCCGCUGUGACCAAGUUGUCUUCACCACUUGCAUGACAGUUACAGCCGCUGCAUCAGUUUUCCCAGUCACAGUUCAGCCACCACACUGUAUUCCGGAAACAUAUAUUAAUGCAACUUUCUGGUACAAGAUCGUCACAACUGCAAGGGACUCCAACACAAAAUAUGCCCAAGACUACAACCCUUUCUGGUGUUACAAGGGAGCCAUUGGCAAAGUCUAUCAUGCAUUAAAUCCCAAAUUGACGGUUAUUGUUCCAGAUGAUGACCGCUCCCUAAUUAAUCUGCAUUUAAUGCACACCAGUUACUUUCUUUUUGUGAUGGUCAUCACCAUGUUCUGCUACGCAGUCAUCAGAGGCAGACCAAUCAAGUUGCGACAAAGCAGCUCGGAGUUCUGUCCUGAAAAGGUUGCUUUCUCAGAAGCAUGAUCCAUAGCCUCCUUCCUCCAAAAGUGACCAAGUCUGCAAUCAUUGCCUGCUGAACCCAGAAAUGGGUCCUGAUUGGUUAUGGAUUUAUCAUGAGACGUUGGAUUAUUCCAACCAAAGACUUUUAAAGUGCCUGUAAUGGUUAUUUAUAUAAAGAGUAUCCUUGGACCAGAUUAUGCCAACGCAGCUAAGAUUAUUGGGAGUCCUUUUCUGUUUUCAUUGGAAUGUUUUGUGUCUGUGUGACUCUACAUGAGAAUUGGAAAGAUGUCUUACUGCAUUGGGACAGUAUGGAUGCCUUUGUGGGUGUCUAAAACAAAGCACCUUAUUUCUCCCAGUGAUGUAUCCAGCGUUCCAGACAGUGCACAUCUCUACUAUGACGGUACAAUUCCAAAGUCACUGAUGGUUCCACUGAAGUGUGUGUGUGUGUAUAUGUCUGUGUGAAAGAGAGAGGGAGGGUUGCUUUUUCUUCCCAUUUUCACCCUGCUUGCAAAAAGUUACCCACUUUUCUAGAUUUGUUUUUUAAAAAAUACAUACACAAACAACCAGCAUUCAAUCACAUUUUAAUACUAGUUAAGAUAAUGAUGCCCAUCAUUUUAGAUUGGAAAAAAAAAUACAAGAAAGGCAGUGUUCCAAUUCUUUCUUUUGAAGCAGCAGUAAACUUUCUAAGUCAGAAUAGACUGAUUAUCCAUUGUUCAUGUUAGAUCUCAAGUUGGGACUAUUGUCUGCAGAGAAACCUUUUGUGUUGGGUUGCAUAUACUAAUAAAUUACAUGACAUAGUUGCGGUAUAUCAAUGAUGAAUAAGUUUUGCCUUCACUAGAAUCUUCCAGGUUAUGGAACACAAAGUAUUUGAAUGUCCAGAUAUUUGCACCAUUUGAAUGUAGGAAAGCAUUGGGAAAUGAAACUCUUCUAUCUAUAUGUGUAGAUUAGCUGUUGCUCUCUAAAAUUACAAUUUGGCUUUGAGGGUGUCUAAUGAUGUAAAAGGACAGGUGGUCUCUUUGGAUGGGCCAAACUAUUGCCGUGAUGCAUCCUGAAGCACUUUUCUGCAGAUUUGUUUGUGAAGAAAGGUGACAAACUGUCUGGAGCUAUGGAGAACAGAUGAACUCUGUUCAGCUCUGGACAUGCACAAGUUUUACUCCUUGCAACUCUUCAUCCCCCAUCCUGACUCUUAGCAUUCAUAAUUUUGGUCAGCUUCCUUCUUUCAAGGAAUAUAGGAUAUUGUAUCUUGACAUUACAUUGAAAACGCUGCUAAUUGCCUUAAUGACUUUUCCAUUUUCUUCUUUGGUAGCAGCAUCUUCCCGCAUUGGCAAUUGUUUGCACUUUCUGCUAUGAUGAUUCUCACAGUAGAGGUCCUUUUCAAAUGUCUCCGUCAAAUAACACAUCACUUGUUUUUGUUCAAAAAAAGGAUUCCUUAUUGAGUUGAUUUGUUUGCUUGGUACCUUGAUAUAUUUCCAAGAUGGGGGAGACGUCCACAUUCUAAUGUUGAAUAGCGAACGGGCUGAAAUAAAGAAAGACGGCGUGGCAUUUUUUAAUAGAAUUCCCUUCCAAUGAUUUUAAAUGUGCUAGCUUGGGAAAUAGAUUCUGGAAUUGGAGGGAAAAAACAAUACUAUAUUUCUACUUUUUGCUUCUAUGGUCCAUUCUAGAUAGGAACUACUGACGGUUCAGGAAUGAUUCUCAGGCAGUGGAGGGCUACAAUGGCUUAUAAGAUUUUGGUGAAAAAAAUCCAGGCAAGAGGGUACAAAUGGAAUAUUGCAGUGGUUGUUUGGAUCAUAUUGAUCUUGCCUUUUUUUCUUUUUUCACGUUCGCUUAUUACUUGAAUCAGUUUGAUUCUCUUUAUUUUCUUUUAGAAUCUGUCGUUUCUGUUGGUCUCUGGCCAACAGUAUAUCAGGGUUUCCCAACUUUGGCAAUUUUAAGAUGCAUGGACUUCAACUCCCAGAAUUCCCAGCAUGGCUGGCUGAGGCAUUCUGGGAGUUGAAGUCCACACAUCUUAAAGUUGCCAAGGUUGGGAGACCCUGCAGUAUAUGAAGGUUCCCAAUGUUGGUUCCUCCCCCUAGCCUCCCACUGCAGGUUACAGUUUUCUCAGCAGAAUAAAAAUGGCAUUUAAUUUGUCUCUGAGCCUGGUGGUCAGUGAUUUGUUAAUGCAAUUUUUCUCCUCGGCUAAUUUUUUUGUGUUUGUAAGAUGUGGAUAUUGCUUUGCAAAAAUAAAGUUUAUUAUCAAUCCUACUGACAAA